GGUGGGUAGUUGGCACGUGGCGAUCCAAAUAAAUGUGCCGUUAAUAAAAUGAGGAGACAUCUUGUGCCUCUAACCAAACCAAACCAACCUCCUUCUUCCUCCUUAAACUUCUCUUCUUGUACUCACCAUUUUUUUUUCUCAUUAUUGAUUAUUUAUUUUAAGUAUACCUUAAAUUGUAGGAAUUUAUUGAAAUUUUCAUUAAAUUGUGAUAAAGUUUUGAUUUUUUUAGUGUAUGAGAUUUUUCAGAAGUACCCAAAUGGUAUUUUUCAAGUAUAAUCAAGUUUUUGAGUACCCAAAGCUCUAAAUGUUACUUAAAUUUUGAUCUUUUUCAGUGUAUCACAUUUUUUUUAAUGUUUUCUUCUAUUUAAUCCAAUAAUUUAAAGUACCCAGAUUUCAAUUUUUAGAAUAAGUUGAAUUUUUGAAUUGCCCAAGUUGUAACUGUUGCUGAAUUCUCUUGCUUUGAUUUGGGUUUUCUGCUUCUAUCCCUUCUGAUUCAUACAGUUUCAGGAGCAGUGGUCUCAUUUUCAAGCAAUACAAAAAUUGCCGUGCUUCUCUAAACAACGACGAUCCAGACAUGGCUUCUCCUUCCCAAAAUAGUGAAUACCUGAAUGGAUCGAUGAUGCCGCUCCUGAGGAAUUCAUCUAUAUUAUCCAUUGUUGAUAAGUUCUGUUAUGCUCUUGGAGGGAAACGGCCAAUCCAUAGUAUUUUGAUAGCAAACAAUGGAAUGGCUGCUGUCAAAUUUAUUAGAAGUAUCCGAACAUGGGCUUACGAGACUUUUGGUACAGAGAAGGCUAUAUUAUUGGUAGCCAUGGCUACUCCCGAAGACAUGAAAAUCAAUGCCGAGCAUAUUCGAAUGGCUGACCAGUUUGUUGAAGUCCCCGGAGGGACUAACAACAAUAACUAUGCCAAUGUGCAGCUCAUUGUUGAGUUAGCGGAAGUUACACGAGUUGACGCAGUUUGGCCUGGUUGGGGACAUGCGUCGGAGAUCCCCGAGCUGCCAGAUUCACUAACUGCGAAGGGAAUUGUGUUUCUGGGUCCCUCAGCUGCUUCUAUGGCUGCUCUUGGAGAUAAAAUUGGUUCAUCAUUGAUUGCACAAGCUGCAGAUGUCCCAACUCUUCCAUGGAGCGGUUCUCAUGUGAAAAUUCCUGCUGAGAGUUGCCUAGACGUGAUUCCCGAUGAAGUAUAUAAAGCGGCAUGUGUUUUUACUACAGAGGAAGCAAUUGCUAGCUGUCAAGUUGUUGGUUAUCCGGCUAUGAUCAAGGCUUCUUGGGGUGGUGGCGGGAAGGGAAUAAGAAAGGUUCAUAAUGAUGACGAAGUACGGGCAUUAUUUAAGCAAGUGCAGGGUGAAGUUCCCGGCUCACCUGUAUUUAUAAUGAAGGUGGCUUCACAGAGUCGACACUUAGAAGUACAGUUACUGUGUGAUGAAUAUGGCAAUGUUGCAGCAUUGCAUAGCCGUGAUUGCAGUGUCCAAAGGCGGCACCAAAAGAUCAUUGAGGAAGGCCCAAUAACGAUAGCUCCACCAGAAACGGUGAAGAAACUUGAGCAAGCAGCUAGAAGAUUGGCUUUGUGUGUGGGUUAUGUUGGAGCAGCUACUGUUGAAUAUUUAUACAGCAUGGAAACAGGCGAGUUCCAUUUCCUCGAGUUGAAUCCUCGGCUACAGGUGGAGCAUCCUGUUACUGAGUGGAUUGCCGAGGUAAAUCUUCCAGCUGCUCAAGUUGCAGUUGGCAUGGGUAUCCCACUUUGGCAAAUUCCUGAAAUCCGUCGCUUCUAUGGGAAGGAACAUGGUGGGGGUUAUGAUACUUGGAUGAGGGCAUCUGCUUUGGCUACUGCUUUUGAUUUUAACGAGGCACAGUCGGUGAAACCUAAAGGUCAUUGUAUUGCUGCGCGUGUGACAAGUGAGGAUCCCGAUGACGGGUUUAAGCCUACAAGCGGGAAAGUACAGGAGCUGAGUUUUAGAAGUAAACCAAAUGUGUGGGCCUACUUCUCUGUUAAGUCUGGGGGAGGCAUUCAUGAGUUCUCGGAUUCUCAAUUUGGCCAUGUUUUUGCAUUUGGUGAAAAUCGAGGUUUGGCCAUAGCAAAUAUGAUUCUUGGAUUGAAAGAAAUUCAAAUUCGUGGAGAAAUUCGAACUAAUGUUGAUUAUACCAUCGAUCUUUUAAAUUGUUUGGAUUAUAGAGAAAACCAAAUUCAUACAGGUUGGUUGGAUAGUAGAAUUGCGAUGAGGGUCAGAGCCGAAAGGCCACCUUGGUACAUCUCUGUUGUGGGAGGAGGGCUUUACAAAGCAUCAACUAGUAGUGCAGCGACUGUUUCAGAGUAUAUAGGCUAUCUUGAAAAAGGUCAAAUUCCUCCGAAGCAUAUAUCUCUCGUCCACUAUGAAGUUGCUCUAAAUAUUGAGGGGAUGAAAUAUACUAUUGAGAUGAUUAGGGGUGGACCAGGAAGCUACAAAUUGUUGUUGAAUGGGUCCGUAAUUGAGGCGGAAAUACAUACUUUAAGAGAUGGGGGUCUCUUGAUGCAGUUGGAUGGAAACAGCCAUGUGAUAUAUGCUGAGGAAGAAGCCGCAGGAACUCGCCUUCUGAUUGAUGGAAGAACUUGUUUGCUUCAGAACGAUCACGAUCCUUCAAAGCUGAUUGCGGAGACACCGUGUAAGCUUAUGCGGUAUUUGGUACCAGAUAACAGUCACAUAGAUGCAGAUACUCCGUAUGCUGAAGUUGAGGUCAUGAAGAUGUGUAUGCCUUUGCUUUCCCCUGCAUCCGGUGUUUUACAAUUUAAGAUGUCCGAAGGUCAAGCUAUGCAGGCUGGUGAACUCAUAGCUAGUCUAGAGUUGGAUGAUCCUUCAGCUGUAAGAAAAGCCGAACCUUUCCGCGGAAACUUUCCUGUCAUGGGCCCACCAACUGCAAUAUCUGGAAAAGUUCAUCAGAGGUGUGCCGCAAGUUUAAAUGCCGCUCGGAUGAUUUUGGCUGGUUAUGAACACAAUAUAGAUGAAGUAGUACAGAGUUUGCUGGAAUGCCUUGAUAGUCCCGAACUUCCAUUCCUUCAAUGGCAAGAAUGCUUGUCUGUGCUGGCAACACGACUUCCCAAAGAUCUGAGAUACGAAUUGGAAUCAAAAUAUAGAGCUUUUGAAGGGAUUACCAACACCCAGAACGUAGAAUUUCCUGCUAAGUUGUUGAAAAGUAUUCUUGAGGACCAUUUAAACUCAUGCCAAGAGAAAGAUAAAGGAGCUCAAGAGAGGCUUAUUGAGCCUCUUAUGGCUCUUGUAAAGUCUUACGAAGGUGGGCGAGAAAGUCAUGCUCGUUUUAUUGUUCAGUCUUUAUUUGAAGAGUAUUUAUCCGUUGAAGAAUUGUUCAGCGACAAUCUCCAGGCUGAUGUGAUUGAACGUCUCCGCCUUCAGUAUAAGAAGGAUCUGCUGAAAAUUGUUGACAUUGUACUGUCGCAUCAGGGUGUUAAGAACAAAAAUAAGCUGAUUCUACGACUCAUGGAACAACUGGUUUACCCGAAUCCCGCUGCAUACAGGGGGAAACUUAUCCGUUUCUCUCAAUUGAACCAUACAAUGUAUUCCGAGUUGGCACUUAAGGCCAGUCAAUUGCUUGAACAAACGAAAUUGAGUGAGCUCCGUUCGAACAUUGCUAGAAACCUCUCUGAGCUAGAAAUGUUUACCGAGGAUGGUGAAAACAUGGAUACUCCAAAAAGAAAAAGUGCUAUUAAUGAACGUAUGGAGGCCCUUGUGAGUACUCCUCUAGCUGUUGAAGAUGCCCUUGUUGGUUUGUUUGAUCAUAGUGAUCAUACACUUCAAAGGCGGGUUGUUGAGACCUAUGUUCGGAGGCUUUAUCAGCCUUAUCUAGUCAAGGGAAGUGUCAGGAUGCUGUGGCACAGAUCGGGCUUCAUAGCUUUAUGGGAAUUUGUGGAGGAGAAUAUUGACCGAACAAAAUUUUCUGAUGAUCUGACUACAAACAGUGAGAACCAUUGUGAGCGAAAGUGGGGGGCCAUGGUCGUUAUUAAAACUCUUCAGUUCUUGCCAUCCGUGAUUGCAGCAGCGUUGAGAGAAACAACUCAUAGUUCCGAUCAAUCAACUUCCACUGGCUCUAUAGAACCAGUCAUCCAUGGAAAUAUGCUGCACAUUGCACUUGUGGGGGUGAAUAACCAGAUGAGCUUGUUGCAGGAUAGUGGUGAUGAAGAUCAGGCUCAAGAGAGAAUCGAUAAGUUGGCCAAAAUUCUGAGAGAGCAAGAAGUGAGUUCAGCCCUUCGUGCGGUUGGUGUUGGUGUGAUUAGUUGCAUCAUACAGAGAGAUGAAGGGCGAACUCCGAUGAGGCAUUCAUUCUAUUGGUCAACAGAAAAACAGUACUAUAGUGAGGAGCCUUUACUACGUCAUUUGGAACCUCCUCUGUCUAUGUAUCUCGAGCUGGACAAGCUUAAGGGUUAUGAAGAUAUCAAAUAUACUCCUUCCCGUGAUCGUCAAUGGCAUCUUUACACGGUUAUUGAUAAACCAUUCAUUCGGAGGAUGUUUUUGAGAACCCUUGUAAGACAACCCAUCUCCGAGUUCACAGGCGUCGAACUAAGCACUCUUGAAACACAAAAGCCUAUCUCUUUUACUUCAAGAAGCAUCCUAAGGUCCUUAACAACCGCCAUGGAGGAGUUGGAGCUCAAUGCACAUAGUGCUUCUCUAAAACCCGAUCACGCUCAUAUGUACUUGUACAUUGUCCGAGAGCAACAAAUAUAUGAUCUUGUGCCGUAUCACAGGGAGGUGAACGUAGAUUACCAACAAGAAGAGGCUCCUGUUCAAUUCUUUUUGGAAGAUCUCGCGCAUGAAAUCCACAGUCUCGCUGGUGUAAGGAUGCAUAAACUAAAUGUUUGUGAGUGGGAAGUGAAACUUCGGAUAUCAUCUCCCGGGAAAGCUAAUGGUUUAUGGAGGGUGGUGGUUACAAAUGUGACUGGUCAGACCUGUUCGGUACAUGUUUAUCGUGAAUUGGAAGAUAGCAACCUACAUGAAAUGGUCUACCAUUCAGUAUCUGUUCACGGCCCCCACCAUGGGGUACCUGUGAAUGCACCCUAUCAACCACUCGGUGGCAUCGCCCGUAAGCGACUUCAGGCCAUGAAAAGUAGCACAACUUACUGUUACGAUUUUCCACUGGCUUUCUCGACUGCCCUGAAGCAAUCAUGGGCGUCCGAAGCUCCGGAUGUGAAGAAACCCUCGGACAAAGUACUUUUGAAAGUAACUGAGCUAGCAUUUGCUGAUCCAAAAGGCACAUGGGGAACACCGCUUGUUCCAAUAAAUCGCAAGCCUGGUAUUAACGAUGUUGGUAUGGUAGCCUGGUGCAUGGAAAUGUACACCCCUGAGUUCCCUAACGGAAGAACAAUAAUGGUUGUAGCUAAUGAUGUUACUUUCAAGGCCGGAUCUUUCGGACCACGAGAAGAUGCUUUCUUCCUUGCAGUUACAAAUCUUGCUUGCGCGAAGAAACUUCCUCUUAUUUAUCUGGCUGCAAAUUCAGGAGCUCGACUUGGUGUUGCUGAAGAGCUAAAAUCCUGCUUUAAAGUUGGUUGGUCGGAUGAGUCAAACCCCGAGAGUGGAUUUCAGUAUGUGUACUUAACCCCUGAAGAUUAUGAUCGUAUAGGAUCGUCAGUCAUAGCCCACGAGUUAAAACUCGAAAGUGGAGAAAAAAGAUGGGUUAUAGACACCGUUGUCGGUAAGGAGGACGGAUUAGGUGUCGAGAAUUUAUCAGGAAGUGGUGCUAUAGCCAGUGCAUACUCAAGGGCUUACAAGGAAACAUUUACUCUGACUUUUGUAACCGGUAGAACGGUCGGUAUUGGUGCCUAUCUUGCACGUCUUGGGAUGCGUUGUAUACAGAGGCUUGACCAGCCUAUAAUUCUCACGGGUUUUUCUGCGUUAAAUAAACUUCUUGGUCGGGAGGUUUACAGUUCACACAUGCAACUUGGUGGACCGAAGAUUAUGGGCACAAACGGGGUAGUUCAUCUUACAGUUUCCGAUGAUCUUGAAGGCAUUUCAUCUAUCUUGAAGUGGCUGAGCUAUGUGCCACCCUAUGCAGGUGGUGAACUUCCGAUUUCUCGGUGUUUAGACCCUCCAGAAAGACCGGUCGCGUAUUUGCCUGAAAAUUCUUGUGAUCCCCGUGGUGCUAUAUCUGGUAUACUUGACUCCACCGGUAAAUGGCAUGGCGGUAUUUUCGACAAGGAUAGUUUUGUGGAAACCUUAGAAGGAUGGGCACGAACAGUUGUCACGGGAAGGGCCAAACUCGGAGGAAUUCCAGUUGGCAUAGUUGCCGUUGAGACGCAGACUGUUAUGCAAGUAAUCCCAGCAGAUCCCGGUCAACUCGACUCACACGAGAGAGUCGUACCACAAGCAGGGCAAGUAUGGUUCCCAGAUUCCGCAUCAAAGACAGCACAAGCGCUGAUGGAUUUCAACCGGGAAGAACUUCCACUUUUCAUUUUAGCUAAUUGGAGAGGUUUCUCGGGUGGACAAAGGGAUCUCUUUGAAGGGAUCCUUCAAGCCGGAUCCACCAUUGUCGAAAAUCUUAGGACUUAUAAUCAACCCGUUUUUGUUUAUAUACCUAUGAUGGGGGAGCUUCGAGGAGGCGCAUGGGUGGUCGUGGAUAGUCGAAUUAAUUCCGAUCAUAUAGAAAUGUACGCCGACCAAACAGCUAAAGGAAAUGUGCUUGAACCCGAAGGAAUGAUCGAGAUUAAGUUCAGAACCAAGGAACUUCUCGAGUGUAUGGGAAGGCUUGAUCAACAACUCAUCGGUCUCAAGGAAAAACUAGCGGAAGCCAAGAGCUCUAAUUCCUACGAUAAAAUCGAUCCCCUGCAGCAACAAAUAAAAGCCCGCGAGAAGCAACUAUUGCCUCUAUAUACUCAGAUAGCCACCAAAUUUGCCGAGUUGCACGAUACGUCUUUAAGGAUGGCUGCCAAAGGAGUCAUUAGGGACGUCUUAGAAUGGAAAAGCUCGCGUUCGUUCUUUUACAAAAGAUUAUACAGGAGAGUUAUGGAGGAAUCACUCGUCAAGACUGUUCGAGAUGCUGCAGGUGAACGGUUGACCCAUAAGUCGGCUUUGGAGUUGAUCCGGAAAUGGUUCAAUGAGUCGGAUAUUUCCCGAGAGGCUUCCGAUGCUUGGGCUGAUGAUGCGGCCUUCUUUAAGUGGAAGGAAAAUACCGCUAACUACGAGGAGAAGUUGAAAGAGUUGCGCGUUCAGAAGGUAUUGGGUCAGCUGUCGAAUAUUGGAGAUUCGGUAACUAAUUUGAGAGCUCUGCCUCAGGGUCUUGCUGCCCUACUUCAAAAGGUGGAUCCAUCGAGUCGAGAUCAACUAGUGGAUGAACUCCGAAAAGUGCUCACUUGAUUUGGGGACCGUUGAUGGUGAAGUGAAACCUUCUUGGUUUCAUCAUGGUAGAAAUUAUUAUUAGGCAAAUCUAUAAUUCUAGUUAAAUCAAUUGUAUUAGACAAUAGUAUUGAACUAAUUUAUUUAAUUAAAUUGUAUAAAUAGGAGACCUUGAAUUCAUUUGAAUUAAGUGGCUUAUGCUUGCAUUAUUUUGUAUUGAUUCAAAUAAUAAUUUACAUAUUUUUGAUUAUUAA